AUGGCGGACGCGGUAGUUCAACUGCGGUGUGGUGUCAAGAAUGAUGGCUGGGGCAAGAAAGGGAAAGCCUCGGCCGCGGCUCAGCUGUGGUCCAAAACGCCAGGAAACCCUGGGAUCGACGAGUCCAAAACCUACUCUGAGAUGUGGAUGGGCACAUAUCCAUCGAAUCCAUCAUACCUCCUAUCUACGGGUGAACAGCUGGGUGAUUAUUUGAAGAAGAACCCCCAGCUAGUGGGCAAGUCGGUCAAGGAUCGAUAUGGACCAGAAGUCCCAUUCCUACCCAAGAUCCUCUCCUUCUCCAAGGCACUGCCCCUUCAGAUCCAUCCUGACCUGAAACUUGCGGCCAAAUUACACAAGGAAGACCCGGAGAAGUACGGCGACGCCAAUCACAAACCGGAGAUAGCCAUUGCACUUUCCAAGUUCGAGCUGUUCGCCGGCUGGAAGCCCCUCAAGGACAUCCAAUCUCUUUUCAAGCUAAAGCCACUGGAGCAUUUCGUUCCCUCAUCUGGCAACUUCGACGACGAAACCCUACGGCAAGUCUGCAAGGCCCUACUGAGCGCCUCGCCGAACGAAGUCGCCUCCACCAUCGCGGAGCUCCAAUCCAUUCCGGAGUCGCAAUUUGGCACAGACUCCUAUAUCCCCGGGAUGUUGGACCGCCUCAGCAAGCAGUACACCGAAUGCGACAAUGGCAACCUCGUCGCUGCCCUGCUGAUGAACUACCUCACGCUGGGACCGGGCGACUCCGUCUUCGUGCCGGCCGAUAGCAUCCACGCGUACCUGGAGGGUGACAUCGUGGAGUGCAUGGCGCGCUCGGACAACGUAAUCAACACAGGGUUCUGUCCUGUGGCGACGCGCGACAGCGUUGAGCUAUUCGGGCAAGCGCUGACAUUCACCCCGCACGAUGCUCAGGGCGCGCUACUGCCCCGGCGCAAGAGUGACAAGGGCAUGCAGGGCAAGACGGACGUCUACGCACCGCCGAUUAGUGAGUUCUCGGUGCUGUGCACCGCACUCGGGGCCGGCGAGAAUGAGACGCACCAGGCCAUUCAUGGGCCUAGCUUGAUGAUUGUGACGAAGGGGUGCGGAUCAAUGAAGAUCCCUGGGAAUACGACGGUCGGGUUGCAGGAGGGGUAUGUGUUUUUUGUCGGACAGGGCGUCGCGCUGGACUUUAGCACUGACAAGGGCUUGGCGGUUUACCGCGCGUAUGCGGAGUAG